CACCAGGGCACCAAAAUGAAGCUUCAAAACAUGGAAUUAUUGAACUCCAUGCUUCACUCUUAGACCUUCAAGCUUGGAUUUUCAUGGAGGUUUCCAUGUCUUUACCUCAACUGAACCAAUCUGCUUCUCCACAUCAUCACUUCACUGCAACAAGAAAGAGAAGAAGAAGAAGCAAUGCCAUCAACCAAUAUACUGGUUUCAAAAACCAAACUUUAACCUCUCAGCCUUACACUUGUCCAUCCUCUUCAUCUCCAAUGUAUGAGGAACUCAUGAGCUUAACAUCUCUGGCAUCACUGAAACAAGCCCACUGCCGGAUUUUGAAAUCAGUGGAAGCAUCACAGUGUGAUUGGCUGCUGAUGAACAGGAUGCUUCAACUGUACUCAGAGUUUGGGGAUUUUCAGUCUGCAGCCAUGGUUUUCUUGAUUGGUUUGCAGCAUGAAGCUUUGUCUUGGACUGAUUUGAUUGAAAAGUUCAGGAAUGAAGAUAAUCCAAGUAAGUUGCUUGAAGUUCUUGGUGAAUUGCAUGGAAUGGGAGUGGUUUUUACUGCUAGAGUCUUGAUCACUGCUCUAAAGAUCAGUUCAAAGCUAGAGGAUCUGUUAUUCGGUCUGCAAAUGCUUACAUUUGUUAUCAAAUUGGGUUUUGAUUCUGAUCCCUAUGUCAUGUGUGCGGUUAUGGAUUUUCAUGCUGAUUUCUUUGGCAUUGAGUCUGCAAAUGAGUUCUUUGAGGAGACACCCAUGAAAAGUAGUGUUCUUUGGAAUAAAGUUGUGACCUUGAAUGCAGAGUAUGGGGAGUGGUUGAAUGCCUUGCAGUAUUUCCAAAAGAUGCAAACUUUAGGCAUCAAAGCUGAUGAAGUCACAAUUGCUAAAGCUCUUCAUGUUUGUGGGAGGCUCCAAACACUCAAAGAAGGGAAAGCACUUCACGGUUAUGCUAUUCGAUCAGGAUAUUCGUCGGCUUUACUAGUAGGCAAUGUACUGAUUGCUAUGUACUCUCACAAUGCUUCAGCUGAAUUAGCAAGAAGAGUUUUUCAAUCCAUGGACAGUAGGAAUGUUGUGUCAUGGAAUUCAAUUAUCUCUGGUUUUGCUCUUAAUGGUUUCUUAGACGAUGCAUUUGAGCUCUUUAAUGAGAUGAUAUCAUCUGGUUUGCAGCCAGAUUUGGUCAGUUGGAACUGCUUGCUCUCAGGUCAUUCACUGCAUGGUUCCACUAAUGAAGCAAUGAACAUUCUUCGAAGAAUGCUGCCGAUGGAUCUAAAGCCAAAUUCAAGCUCCAUCUCGAGUGUUCUUCGAGCAGUAAGCGAUUCGGGAUUGCUUGAUGUCGGUAAGCAAAUACAUGGCUAUGUGAUGAGACAUGGGCUUGCAUCAAAUGUGUAUGUAGGCACAUCACUGAUAGACAUGUAUGUGAAAUGCUGCAGAUUAGAUGAUGCUCGGAGAGUCUUUCACUUGAUGAAGCAUAGAAAUGUUUACACAUGGAAUUCACUGAUCUCCGGGUUUGCCCAUGGUGGUUUUCUUGAUGAAUCUUUGGAGCUGUUGAAACUGAUGGAGAGGGAAGGUGUUCAGCCUGAUUUAACUACGUGGAAUGGAUUGAUUGAUGGGUACACGAUAAAAGGGAUGAGCAAACAAGCAUCGCGGUUAAUUCAUCAACUGAAAGCAAUAGGAAUCAGGCCAAAUGUGGUUUCAUGGACAUCGAUCAUCUCCGGUUGUUGUCAGAAUGCACAUUAUGAGGAUUCUUUAUACUAUUUCAAGGAGAUGCAGAAUGACGGGAUCGAACCCAAUUCAGUAACUCUAGCUUCUGUCCUCCGAGCUUGUGCUGCUUUGGCAUUUCUGAAGAAGGGAGCAGAAUUGCAUUGUUUUGCAUUGAGCAAAGGUAUUGAUUGUGAUACAUUUGUUGCCACAGGACUUAUUGAUAUGUACUGUAAAUCCGGAAGCUUAGCAGCUGCCCGACGAGUAUUUGAGAGCAUGUCAAACAAAACUCUGGCCUCAUGGAAUGCAAUGAUCAUGGGCUUUGCUGCACAUGGACUAUGGAAGGAAGCGACUUCACUCUUUGAUGAAAUGUGUGAAGCAGGAGUGAAACCAGACGGUAUAUCUUUUACUGCUGUGCUCUCAGCUUGCCGGCAUUCCGGAUUAACCAGUGAAGGAUGGAAGUAUUUUGACAACAUGAGAAACACUUACAAUGUGAUACCAACCGUUGAGCAUUAUGCAUGUAUGGUUGAUCUUCUAGCACGAGGAGGUUAUCUAGAUGAAGCGUGGGAUUUUAUUCGAGAUAUGCCAUUGGAACCUGAUGCUAGUGUGUGGGGUGCUCUUCUCGGAGGUUGCAGAAAUCACAGAAAUGUGGAGAUUGCUGAAAUUGCAGCAAAGCAUUUGUUCAAAUUAGAACCUUAUAAUCCUGCCAAUUAUUUGCUGAUGAUGAGUAUAUAUGCAUAUGAGAAUCGUUGGAGGGAUGUCGAGAUAAUGAGUGAUGCAAUGAAUGCAGCAGGAGUGAAGAGUAGAGCUGGAUGGAGUUGGAUACAGAUCGGUCAAAAUGUACAUGUUUUCCAUGUUGACGGGAAACUGCAUCCUGAAAUCGGUGAGAUAUACUUUGAGUUGUAUCAACUGGCUUCUGAGAUGAAAAGUUUAGGAUAUGUACCUGAUAUCAGUUGCAUAAUUCACAAUGUCAAUGAAACGGAGAAGGAGAAAUUGCUGAUGAGUCACACUGAAAAACUGGCAAUCACUUACGGGCUUAUCAAUACUGAGAGGGAUACCACAAUAAGAGUGAUAACCAAUACAAGAGUAUGCAAUGACUGUCAUUCAAUGGCAAAGUUCAUAUCAAAAAUAAGGGGCCGGGAAAUCUUGCUCAGGGAUGGUGCCCGGUAUCACCGUUUCAAGGAUGGAAACUGUUCAUGCAAUGACUAUUGGUGAAGUAUUAUGGGCAAUCAUCAUUCA